AGUCUUCCUCGGAAAAAAGAGGAGGAUUGCCAACAGUUAGCUCAGGGCUAAUCUUCCUCAAAAAAAAAAAAAAAAAUGUGACCCUUACUGUUCCUGUUAGGGUUCCCGUCUCUACCCCAUCCCCAGCCUCGUGGCCCAGGAGGAAAUACCCUACUCUUCUCUGUAUCUUUCCAGAUAGACUUGGGGUCCAACCUUGGCUCUACCCUGACUAGCUGUGGCCUUGGGGCAAGCUACCUCUUUGCGCCUCAGUUCCCCUGCAGGAACGUGGCCUGAUGCAGUGCUGUCCUUCAGGCUUGCUGUGCUUUAUAAAGUGGCAGAUGUAUCUGAGGAGGCUUACACGGUGUGUGACACAUGCGAGCACUCGGUAAUGUGAGCUGUGACGAUGUCGAUGUUAGGAGGAAGCCGAAGGCCCUCUGCCCACAGAGCUGCCUCCUGCCCGCCUCCCUGUCGCCUGCAGGGGAUGAGGACUGUAACAGCCAGGGCACAGGAGCCGGGCAGUCCUGGACGCUGCCUCCCCAGGCCCGGCUGCCUCCACCGCUCGCUGAUCAUAGGAGCUCAGACCCCUGGGCCCCCGUCUGCCUCCCCCUCAGGGCCCCUGCACCCACCCAGGGCUGCGGCCAGACGCUGCCUGCCCGGACCCACCCAAUCAAAGAAUGCGGUGGCUGGGUGGGUGGGUGGGCAGAGUAGGCGCAAGACAUGCAGCCCUGCCUGAGUCCUCAAGCCCACCCUCUCCCACCAUUUGUCCAGGGCUCCCACCCCCCGCCCCGCCUGACCACUGCCAGGCCCUCUGCAGGCAGAAGAGCUUCUGUCAGCCCCAGUCAAUGUCUCAUGGCCGUGAUGGGCCCCCCUCUGGCUGCCAGGGCCCGGGAGAGCCCCUGAUGGCAGGACACAGGCAUCCCCAGACACUCUGGCGGCCUCGCCCCCCGAAGCGUAUCUGGCUUCCUGCCCUUCCCCCACGGUUAGGGAGAGGCAAGGGUGCAGGUGACCCCAGCGGCCUGUGAAGAAGGGGUGCAGGGGUAGGUGAGCGGGUGAAGGAGGCGGAGCACGUGUUCAGAACAGGUCAAGGGAGGGCGGCUGGAGCGAGGAUGGUCAGCAAGGGUCCCGCCUCCCUGCAGGAGGGAGCUCUGGGCAGCUCAGGGUUUGGGCCUUGGAGAGUUGGAGCUGCUGCAUUGGCCCUAAGGACAAGGUGCAGUUCACGGGCUCCCUCAGCGACAGAGCUGGGAAGGUUUUCAGACGUCGCCCAUUGUCACACGUGGGAAGUCUGUAAUCUGCCUGUGCAGACCAGUCUACUUCUAGAAAAGUCCUUACCGUCAGCCCCUCGGAUACGGACAUGCACACCCCCCCCCCUCCAGAAUCCAGAAGGCUGUUCUCUCGGCUCUGGCCUCUUGCGCUUCCAUACGAAGUCCCCUGGGUGAAGAUGGGUGGCUGCUCCGCUGCCUCUCCGGCUCUCUCUCGGAGGGCCUCCUUUCCCCAGGGUCCUUUGUCCCUCGGUCAGGUGUCAGCCUCUCCAGUUCCACAGGCCACUCAGCCUGACCCAGGCCUGGGGCUGAGAGAGGCUGGCUCCUCCCAGGUCUGAGUUGCUUUUCAGAGAGCCUUGUUUACGCCAUGUCCCAGGAGGGGACACCUAACCUGAACCUGCUCCGUGUUGGUGGCAAAGCAAAAUCCCGCCGAGCAGGAAAGCCUUGCUCUCGGCUGACAGUCUAUCCAGACCGCCUCCGGACUGGAACCCAGGCCUCCGGACUUCCAGCUUCCCUUUUCUUUCCCAUCAGCUUCAGGGAGCGCAGCCGAAGCCGUGUGGGCCGGGCCUCUGGGUUAUGGUGCCUGGACAGGGGAGCCCCCUCCUCUGCCUUACUCCUCGGGCAGCCUAGGGGUAUAAGUUGGGAGGGCGCCAGUGCUUCCCAAAGCGGGAAGUGUGCGCUCCCUGGUACCCUCGAACACCCCAUUUACAGAGGUCAGAGGCCAUCAUCCUCCCUCCCAAGCGUCCCCUCCCUGCUCAAAGGGCAGAGGCUGUGAUGGGCUCCUGGGCACAGGAUGGGCCAUGGCCUGGCUCCUGAUGCUCCCGGUCUCUGUGCCCAACAGCCACCUGCUGCCCCUGCCAUGGAGACCUUCUUUAGGAGACACUUCCAGCGGAAGGUGCCAGGCCCUGGAGAGGGGCAGCGGCGGCCCGGUGGUGUGGGGCUGCCCACGGGCAAGGCCCGACGCCGCUCCCCUGCCGGCCAGGCCUCAUCCUCCCUGGCACAGCGGCGCCGCUCCAGCGGCCAGCUCCAGGGCUGCCUCCCGGUCUGCGGGGUGGGGGCCCAGGGCACCCGCCGCCGGCGCUCCAGCACCGCACCCCCCUCCUGCAACCCCCGCUUCCUCGUGGACGAGGUGCCCACCGCACAGCCUGCCACUGGUGGGGCCCGGCUUCUGGGCGCACCCCUGCUGUUGGCCGGGCUUGUGGGCAUGAACGAGGAGGAGGAGGGGGAGAGGGUCCAGAAGGACAUGACAGUUGCGGCAUUGAGUGCCACCCAGCCAGGUGCCGAGAGCCCAGGGCGCCCCCCGCCCCAGGCCGCCCGGGCCCUGCUGCCUGUGCCACGGUGCCUGCGCCGGCGCCGCACCUCCUCCCACCUGCUCCCUGCGGACGUGGUGUACGACUGUGCCCGCUGGGGCCUGCACGGUUACUACAGCUGCCUCAGCCAGCAGCGGCCCGGGGGCCAGCACCCUGGUCCCAUGAUGCCCGCCCGUGUGCGCCCGCUCUCCCGCAGGCGCCAGGUAGCCCUACGGCGCAAGUCAGCCGGACCCCAGGCCUGGAGCGCCCUGCUUGCGAAAGCCAUCACCAAGUCGGGCCUUCAGCACCUGGCCCCCCCUCCUCCCACUCCCGGGGCCCCGUGCAGCGAGCCAGAGCGGCAGAUCCGGAGCACUGUGGACUGGAGCGAGUCGGCGACAUAUGGGGAGCACAUCUGGUUCGAGACCAACGUGUCGGGGGACUUCUGCUAUGUUGGGGAGCAGUACUGUGUAGCUAAGAUGCUGCAGAAAUCGGUGUCCCGGAGAAAGUGUGCAGCCUGCAAGAUCGUGGUGCACACCCCCUGCAUCGCUCAGCUGGAGAAGAUCAACUUCCGCUGUAAGCCGUCCUUCCGUGAGUCGGGCUCCAGGAACAUCCGUGAGCCAACCUUUGUGCGGCACCACUGGGUACACAGGCGGCGCCAGGAUGGCAAGUGUCGGCACUGUGGGAAGGGCUUCCAGCAGAAGUUCACCUUCCACAGCAAGGAGAUUGUGGCCAUCAGUUGCUCCUGGUGCAAGCAAGCCUACCACAGCAAGGUAUCCUGCUUCAUGCUGCAGCAGAUUGAGGAGCCGUGCUCCCUGGGGGUACAUGCUGCUGUGGUCAUCCCACCCACCUGGAUCCUCCGGGCCCGCAGGCCCCAGAAUACCCUCAAGGCGAGCAAGAAGAAAAAGAGAGCAUCCUUCAAGAGGAAAUCCAGCAAGAAAGGGCCCGAGGAGGGCCGCUGGAGACCCUUCAUCAUCAGGCCCACCCCGUCCCCCCUCAUGAAGCCCCUGCUGGUGUUUGUGAACCCCAAGAGUGGGGGUAACCAGGGCGCCAAGAUCAUCCAGUCCUUCCUCUGGUAUCUCAAUCCCCGACAAGUCUUUGACCUGAGCCAGGGAGGGCCCAAGGAGGCGCUGGAGAUGUACCGCAAGGUGCACAACCUGCGGAUCCUGGCGUGCGGGGGCGACGGCACGGUCGGCUGGAUCCUCUCCACUCUGGACCAGCUCCGCCUAAAGCCGCCGCCGCCUGUCGCCAUCCUGCCUCUGGGCACUGGCAACGACCUGGCCCGCACCCUCAACUGGGGUGGGGGCUACACAGAUGAGCCCGUGUCCAAGAUCCUCUCCCACGUAGAGGAGGGGAACGUGGUGCAGCUGGACCGCUGGGACCUCCGCGCUGAGCCCAACCCCGAGGCGGGGCCUGAGGAGCGUGACGACGGUGCCACCGACCGGCUGCCCCUGGAUGUCUUCAACAACUACUUCAGCCUGGGCUUUGAUGCCCACGUCACCCUGGAGUUUCAUGAGUCUCGAGAGGCCAACCCAGAGAAAUUCAACAGCCGCUUUCGGAACAAGAUGUUUUAUGCCGGGACAGCUUUCUCCGACUUCCUGAUGGGCAGCUCCAAGGACUUAGCCAAGCAUAUCCGGGUGGUGUGUGAUGGAACUGACCUGACGCCCAAGAUCCAGGACCUGAAACCCCAGUGCAUCGUUUUCCUCAACAUCCCCAGGUACUGCGCGGGCACCAUGCCCUGGGGCCACCCUGGGGAGCACCACGACUUCGAGCCCCAGCGGCACGAUGAUGGCUACCUCGAAGUCAUCGGCUUCACCAUGACAUCCCUGGCAGCGCUGCAGGUUGGUGGGCAUGGCGAGCGGCUGACGCAGUGCCGUGAGGUGGUGCUCACCACGUCCAAGGCUAUCCCAGUGCAGGUGGACGGCGAGCCCUGCAAGCUCGCGGCCUCCCGCAUUCGCAUCGCCCUGCGCAACCAGGCCACCAUGGUGCAGAAGGCCAAGCGGCGGAGCGCCGCCCCCCUGCACAGCGAUCAGCAGCCGGUGCCCGAGCAGCUGCGGAUCCAGGUGAGCAGAGUCAGCAUGCACGACUACGAGGCCCUGCAUUACGACAAGGAGCAGCUCAAGGAGGCCUCGGUGCCCCUGGGCACUGUAGUGGUCCCAGGAGACAGCGACCUCGAGCUCUGCCGGGCGCACAUCGAGAGGCUCCAGCAGGUGAGGGGGGCCGGGAGCCUGCCCUGGGCCGCCCCAGCUGCUCGGGGGCUGCUCUCUGCCAGCCCCGGCCUGUGCUUCUCUCAACAGGAGCCCGAAGGUGCUGGAGCCGGGUCCCCAACGUGCCAGAAACUUUCCCCCAAGUGGUGCUUCCUCGAUGCCACCACUGCCAGCCGCUUCUACAGGAUUGACCGGGCCCAGGAACACCUCAACUAUGUGACUGAGAUCGCACAGGACGAGAUUUAUAUCCUGGACCCAGAGCUGCUGGGGGCAUCGGCCCGGCCGGACCUCCCAACCCCGACGUCCCCUCUCCCCACCUCCCCCUGCUCACCCACGCCCCGGUCACUGUCAGGGGAUGCUGCAGCUCCUAAAGGUGAAGAGCUGAUCGAGGCCGCCAAGAGGAACGACUUCUGUAAGCUCCAGGAGCUGCACCGAGCCGGGGGCGACCUCAUGCACCGGGACGAACGGAGCCGCACGCUCCUGCACCAUGCCGUCAGCACCGGCAGCAAGGACGUGGUCCGCUACCUGCUGGACCACGCCCCUCCAGAAAUCCUUGACGCCGUGGAGGAAAACGGGGAGACGUGUCUGCACCAGGCGGCAGCCCUGGGCCAGCGCACCAUCUGCCACUACAUCGUUGAGGCAGGGGCCUCUCUCAUGAAGACAGACCAGCAGGGCGACACUCCCAGGCAGCGGGCUGAGAAGGCUCAGGACACCGAGCUGGCCGCCUACCUGGAGAACCGGCAGCACUACCAGAUGAUCCAGCGGGAGGACCAGGAGACGGCUGUGUAGCUGUGGGGCCCGCGAGGGCGGCAGGACGCCGGCCAGAGGACCGGGCCCUCCUGCCCGCCUCACUGCCACAUUCCAGUUGGACUGCCACGGGGGGACCCAGGCCGCAGGGAAGGAGCCCCGGGCUGCCCCCUGAGGAGCCGCCAGACCUAGGGCUGGACUCUGAGGAGCUGGGGGGCUCACCUGUCCCCCUGAGGCCCCAGUCUGACUGCAGCCUCACAGGGGAACAGGAAACUGGACUGGGCUGGGCAGGCCUUUGGGGGCUGGGCCUGGGCCACCUCAGGGCGGCCCUUCCUGGGGUUUAGGGGGCAGGGUGGGGCACAGGGGCUUGAGGCCCUAUUGGGGAGCCUGCAGGAAGAGGUUUCCUAAGCCCCCGGGGCCUUUCAGAGCCCCCUUUGAGGCUCUGGCCCUUUGUGCCCUGACCCCACCCUCCCCAGGGCCUCCUCCCGAAACGGAGCCGCUGCAUUUGCCUGCCCACUGCCCUGCUUGGCACCUACCCCGUGACCCUCCCCAUGUACCCAGUCAUUGCAACGCCGACUGUGUGGCCUGGGGGUUGGGGUGGGCUCUCACGGUGACAUGUUUACAGCUGGGUGUGACUCAGUAAAGUGGACUUUUUUCCUUUC